CUGGGCUCGCCGCUUCCCCUUUCCACACGUCUGGGAGUGGAGGGGGACGUGCGAGUAGCACUGGGUCAGCGCGGGCGCAUGCAGUCCGCGCCGUGAGGCGGCCGCGGUGCGAGGGCACUGCCGCAGCAGGCCAGUCGUGCGGGCUGGAAAUAGCCGCUCGCUCCGGUCUGGAAGCCGGCGGUGUAUUAUGUCGCUCCCAGAUGGUGCUCGGUCGUGGUCGGCGGGAAAUGAACAUCACGGGCAGCUACGAGGGAACGAGUUGGUGCCUGUUCUGGCGGACAUCUCCGAAAUGGGGUUUGAAUGUCAAGUUAGGGGCCGGAGAGACAGUAUAGUGGAAGGGCGCUGGCCUUGCGUGCGGCCGGAUCCGGGGUCUAUCCCUGAAACCUCACGUGCUCCCCUGAGCCCACCAAGAAUGAGAGAGUCAGGAGUAAGGCCUGAGCACCGCUGGGGUUUAUUUUCAUUCAAAGACAUCUCUAUGGAGUUCACCUGGGAAGAGUGGCAGCUUCUUGAUUCCACGCAAAAGUAUCUGUACAGGGAUGUCAUACUGGAAAACUAUAGCAACCUGGUAUUUGUGGGGUAUCCUGGGACUAAACCUGAUUUAAUCUUCAAGUUGGAGCAAGGAGAAGAGCCCUGUAUAAUCCGUUCUACAGUUUUCCAUCCAAGCUGUCCAGGAGACUGGAGAGAAUGCUAUCAGAAAAAUGAAGAUAACUUUUAUAGCACUGAGAGAAUCUAUGCUCGUAAUGCAUUUGGAAGACUUUUGAAAAAAACCUACCUUUCUUCAAGACAAAGACUCCAUAAGUAUAAUACACAUGAAAAAAGUUUGACUCAAAAGUCAGGUUCGACCAGAAGCUACCUAAGAAAGAACACUGAUAAGUUUCAUGGAUAUAAAGAGUCAUAUUUCCUUAAGCAUCAGCUAGCUUAUGGUACAGACAAAAAAUGUGUGUGUAGUGAAUGUGGGAAAGCUUUUCGUUGUAAAUCACAGCUUGUUGUACAUCUCAGAAUCCAUACAGGAGAGAGACCUUAUGGAUGCACUAAAUGUGAAAGAGCCUUCAGUGCCAAGUCAAACCUUAAUGCUCAUCAGAGAGUUCAUACAGGAGAAAAGCCCUACUCCUGCAGUGAAUGUGGGAAAGUCUUCUCUUUCAGAUCUCAGCUCAUUGUUCAUCAGGAGAUUCACACAGGAGGAAAACCUUAUGGUUGUAGUGAAUGUGGAAAAACCUACAGCUGGAAAUCACAGCUUAUUUUGCAUCAGAGAAGUCACACAGGAGUGAAACCCUAUGAAUGCGGUGAAUGUGGGAAAGCCUUUAGUUUGAAGUCACCAUUUGUUGUACACCAGAGAACUCACACAGGAGUAAAGCCCCAUAAAUGCAAUGAAUGUGGGAAAGCAUUUAGGAGUAAAUCAUACCUUCUCGUUCAUAUCAGAAUGCAUACAGGAGAGAAGCCCUAUCAAUGUAGUGAUUGUGGGAAAGCUUUCAACAUGAAGACACAGCUUGUUGUACAUAAGGGAAUUCACACAGGAAAUAACCCUUACCAAUGCAAUGAAUGUGGAAAAGCCUUUGGAAGAAAAGAACAGCUCACGGCACAUCUAAGGGCUCAUGCAGGAGAGAAGCCUUAUGGGUGCAGUGAAUGUGGAAAGGCUUUCAGCAGCAAAUCAUACCUUGUGAUACAUAGGAGAACACACACAGGAGAGAGACCCUAUGAAUGUAGUUUCUGUGAGAGAGCCUUUUGUGGGAAGUCACAGCUCAUUAUACAUCAGAGAACUCACUCAACAGAAAAGCCCUAUGAGUGCAAUGAGUGUAAGAAGGCCUAUCCUAGGAAGGCAUCACUUCAGAUACACCAGAAAACUCAUUCAGGAGAGAAACCAUUUAAAUGUAGUCACUGUGGGAAGGCCUUCACUCAGAAAUCAUCUCUCAGCGAACAUCAGAGAGUUCAUACAGGAGAGAAGCCAUGGAAGUGCCCUGACUGUGGAAAAUCCUUCUGUUGGAAUUCAGGGCUCCGGAUACAUCGGAAAACUCACAAAUGAAACUAUAAAUUGUAUGUUAGAAGGAUUUUCAUUUCAGGAGAUAUGAAAUGAUACAAGGGGCUGGAGUGAUAAUAUUGCAGGUAGGGCACCUGACUUGCGCGUAGCAGACCCAGGUUCAGUCCCUAGCUACAUGUAUGAUUUCCUGAGCCCCCUCAAAAGUGACCCCUGUGAGCACAUACCCAGGAGUAACCUUUGAGCACCACUGGGUGUGGUACAAACACAACAGAAAUGAUAUAAAUAUGAGUUAAUAACCAGGAAGUCACAAAAUUAGUCAAUUCAGUCCCAUAGAGAAAGGAACCAAUCAUAAUUAAGAUUUGUUGCCAUAUCUUACAGUGCUCCGUGUCAUUCCUGGUGGAGCUCUGGUGACCACAGGUGGUAUAUGUUUCAGCUAUGGUCUAAUAUAUGCUAGGAAAGCACCUUACCCCAAACAUCUCUGGCCCAUAGACUGGUCAUAGUUUGAAGAAAUGUAUAUGUAAGCUUUUGAAAAUAAUGCUUUGCAAAUCUUUUUUUACAAGAUAGUUGAAACAAAGAACAGUAAACUACUCAUCAUUAUGAGGAUGUAAUUUAGCAAAAUCAUACUGGUAACACCUUAUAUAUUUAAAUUCUCAAAGCAUUAUUCUAUAGAAACUGUGGAAAAUCACCUUCCAGAUUGAAAGCUAUUUCUCUGAAGAAAUCCUCAAUUUUAAGCAGCAGGCUUUUGUGGUCGGUCAUAAGUUUUUUAAAAUUUUAACAUGUAAAUAGUGAUCAGGAAUAUGUUUUAAAUGUUUAUCCCACUUAUUCUGAAUGGGAUAUUUAGUGUGACUUCCUUAAAACCACUAGCAUUUAAAAAUAUUUUAAGUUUUCAGACUCAGAGAGAUUAUACAUGGGUUAAGGUACUUGCCUCAUAAGUGACCUAUUUGGUUCCAUCUGGGGCACCACAUAGGAUCACCUAGCUCUUCCAGGAGUGAUCCUAAGCACAGUUGGGCUUAACCCAAAUACCCCCCACCUUUAAAAAUAUUUAGAUUAAAAAAAUUUUUUUAGGGACUGGAACAAUGGUACAGCAGGUAGGGCACUUGCCUUGCACAUGGCUGAUCUGUGUUUGACAACCCUGGCAUUCUGUAUGGUCACUUGAACCCCAUCACUUAGUGCAAGGCCAGGAGUAAGCCAUGAGCACCUUUGGAUGUAUCAAAUAAAUACUGCUCUGUGGGUCUACAGUGAUAGUACAGUGGAUAGGGCAUUUUUCUUGCACACAGCCAGUCUGGAUUUGAUCCUCUGCACCUCAUGUGGUCCCCCAGUCCUGCCAGGAGUGAUCUCGGCAUUUCCAGGUGUGGCCCAAAGACAAAAAUAUUUUUGUUUUGGGGCUGGAGUGAUAACAGCGGGUAGGGCGUUUGCCUUGCAUGCGGCUGACCCGGGUUCAAAUCCCAGCAUCCCAUAUGGUCCCCUGAGCACCGCCAGGGGUGAUUCCUGAGCCAGGAGUGACCCCUGUGCAUUGCUGGGUAUGACCCAAAAAGAAAAAAAAAUUUUUUUUGUUUUAAGGCAUGGUUUACUCAGGUCGGUCUUCUGGCUCUUAACUCAGGGAUCACUCUUGGCAGGGCUCUGGGCAUCCUAUGGGGUGCUGGGACUCAAACCCAAAUCAGAUGCAUGCAAGGCAAGCAUCCAAACCUUUGUACUACAUUUCUGAUCCCUAUUUUGUCAUAUUUAAAUGUAACUUUUUAUACAUACAUUUGGUAAUCUGUGGUCCAAUACUCUCCAUAUUAAAGUCUGAUUAUCA